UUCUCUACUGAUUACUGAUUUCUCAGCUCCAACUCUCUCACUUUCUCGCUUUAGUUCUUGUUGGAUCUUCGCUGCAAUUUAGAGAAACAGAGAGAAAAUCUCAAGGAAAGAUGACGGUAUUUCACUUUUUCAACUGUGCGAUUCUUACUUUCGGUCCUCACGCCGUCUACUACUCCGCAACGCCAUUAUCUGAGUAUGACACACUUGGUACUUCUGUUAAAGCCGCUCUUGUUUAUCUCGGAACAGCUUUGGUUAAGCUUGUUUGUUUGGCGACGUUUCUUAAGGUAUCAGAGAAUGACAACUUUGACCCAUAUCAGGAACUGUUGAAAGCACUGAUCGGUUUUAUAGAUGUCGCUGGGCUUUACUUUGCCUUGACCCAGUUGACUCACAGGAACAUCUCUCAGAAUCAUAAAUUUCAAGCUGUUGGGCUUGGGUGGGCUUUUGCGGAUUCUGUACUACAUAGAUUGGCACCACUUUGGGUGGGUGCUAGAGGACUGGAGUUUACUUGGGAUUACAUUUUGCAAGGCCUGGAGGCUAAUGCAAAUUUGGUGUUGAGCAUAUCCCUUGCUGCAUUAGGAUCUUUGAUGUGGCUUCGCAAGAACAAACCCAAGACUUUAAUUCCUAUAAUAUAUGCAUGUGCAGGAAUUGUAGCAACCAUGCCAUCCAUUACAAGCUAUCUGAGGCGAGGAUUGGGAUGGCAAUUCCCAAAGGUGGUAGGCUUUGAACUUUUUACCUCUUUGAUGAUGGCUUUCAUUAGUUGGCAACUUUUUGCUGCAUGUCAGAGACCAUCUACCUAAGGUAGCCCACCAUUUUCUUCUGAGGCAAUAUUCUUGCGGCAGCUUGAUUCUCUUUCAGAGGGCCUAUUCCAAUCAAUGUUUCCCUUGUGACGGCAAUGCCUUUUGCUUUAAUUUCACAUUAAUGUUCUAGUUUGUGGUGUAUCUAAUUAAUUUUGAUCUAAAUCUUCUUAAUUACCAACUCAGAUAGAAAUUUCAUUGAUGUAACCCAAUAGUUAAAUUCAUGAAAAUUUUGGACAGGCCUUGCCUUACAAGCACCUGUUGUCUCGUUGGAUCCCCGAGUUUCUUAAUUAAGCUUGAUGUUUUCGGGGCUCUUCAUGAAAAAGAGUUUACGAACAGGCAGGUUUUUGUCUUUAUCUUAUACAUAUGUAAAAAAACCGGAGUGGACUAAAGAAACCUGCCGACCUUUUUGGUU